AUGUUGUUUGCAGGGGCAAUGACUUAUGUGGAUGAUGAUGGUUCUUCUGGCUCUGGAGAUGAUGGGAACAUAUUGGAUGAACAGAAGCGUCAGGCUGGCACGCCAUCGAAUUCUUGCGGUGGCCGGAAGAGAGGCCGGAGAGCUACUGGGUCUGCUAUAGUGGAUGCUAUGCUGGAGUUAGUGGCUGCGUCGAAGAUGAGGGCAAGUGCAAUCGUGAAGAAUGAGGAAAGAUUCUCUAUAAACAAUUGCAUACAAGUGUUGGAUGAGAUUCAAGGUGUUGCUCAGCGGAUUUACUUUCUUGCUUUGGAUUUGUUUGAGGGCCGUCCUAGUGCCCGGGAAGUUUUCAUCUCUCUUAAGGAGGAUAAACGAUUGCCAUGGUUGCAGGGCAAAUGUAGUGCUUCCUUUAGUUGA